AUGCCAGCCAUGGCUGUUCCAGAGCCUGUCGCCAUUGUCGGUGUCGGUUGCCGCUUUCCAGGCGCCGCCAACUCACCAUCGAAACUCUGGGAGCUCCUGAGGUCACCUCGUGAGCUUGCAAAACGGAUCCCAAAAGAACGAUGGAAUCUCGACAAGUUCUAUCACCCAACAGGUAGCCAUCAUGGCACAACAAACGUAACAGAGUCAUAUUUUCUAGACGAAAAUGAUGACAUUCGGUAUUUUGACACGAAGUUGUUUGGUGUGGGUACUGCAGAAGCAGAAGCCAUGGACCCUCAACAUCGAAUGCUGCUUGAAGUCGUGUAUGAAGCAAUGGAGCAAGGAGGGUUUACACUCUCCUCGCUUCAAGGCUCAGACACCGCAGUGUACGUCGGAAUGAUGUGUACGGACUAUAACAUCACAUUGGGAUUGGAUUCGAUUUUCAUCCCACAAUACACGGCUACAGGAGUCUCGCCAAGUAAUGCCUCAAGCCGUAUCUCAUAUUACUUCAACUGGCAUGGUCCUUCGAUGACAAUUGAUACGGCAUGCUCAUCUAGCUUGGUUGCUGUGCAUCAAGCAGUAGAUCACCUGCGGACAAACCGUUCUCGUGUGGCUGUAGCAAGUGGAACCAAUUUGAUGAUCGGCGUCUCCCCUUACUUAACAGAGAGCAAACUCAACAUGCUUUCGCCCACUGGUCGCUCACGAAUGUGGGAUGCAGACGCUGACGGUUAUGCGCGUGGUGAUGGCGUUGCAGCCGUGAUCUUGAAGCGGCUCAGCGACGCCAUCGCCGAUGGGGACGUCAUUGAAGGCAUCAUCCGCAACACAGGGUUCACUCAUGAUGGUCGAACGCUGGGCAUCACGAUGCCAAGCGGUCAGGCUCAGGCGGACCUCAUCAAGCGAACCUAUGCAGAGGCUGGUCUAAACCUCAUGACCAAAGCCAACUGGCCGCAGUUCUUUGAAGCACAUGGUACUGGAACACCGGUGGGUGACCCCCAGGAGGCCUCGGCACUUGUAUCAGCCUUUUACCCAAACGGUAGCGACAAGUAUGACGAGGAGGAUCAACUCUUCGUGGGAUCUAUCAAGACUCUUGUAGGUCACACAGAAGGUACGGCAGGUCUCGCAGGGCUUUUGAAGGCAUGUCUUGCUCUCAAGAAUGCCGAAAUACCCCCCAAUCUGUUAUUCAAUAGGCUAUCUCCAGGCGUGGCGCCUUACUACAAGCAUCUGUGUAUUCCAACAGAGGUGCAGCCGUGGCCGGAAGUUGGGGAUGGUCAGCCAAGGAGAGCGAGUGUUAACAGUUUCGGUUUUGGAGGCACCGAUGCUCAUGCUAUUCUGGAAAGCUACGAGGGAUCUAUGCUCCAAGAAAGCGAGAGGACCAAUUCAGCCGUGCUUCCCUUUACCUUCUCCGCCGCCUCCAUUGAGGCGCUUCGCGGAUUACUACUCAAAUAUGAGGUUUACCUCAACGAACACCCUGACGUUAACCUUGGUGAUUUGGGGUACACACUCGCCUGUAGGCGAUCAGCCUUGUCAUACAAGGUUGCCAUCACAGCAUCAACAGCAACCGAAUUAUGUGAAAAGAUUCGCAACAUUGUUCGGAAACCAGAGGAUGAAGCGAAUGAUGAUGAUGAACCAGAGUCAUUUGCCUUGAGAACUACGCCAGAAGAAUCUACCUCUUAUCUUGGAAUCUUCACAGGCCAAGGCGCACAGUGGCCUAGAAUGGGUAUCGAGCUGAUCUCUUCGUCGCCUGUCGCCUUGACCAUUCUCGCCGAGCUGCAAAAGUCUCUCGACACAUUGCCGGUAGAAGAUCAUCGACCUAAAUGGACCAUUAUUGAACAGUUGUGUGCCUCAAAGGAGACCUCGCGGGUCACGGCUGCGGAGGUAUCACAACCCUUGUGUACCGCUGUUCAAAUUAUCCUUGUUGACUUGUUGCGUCUGGCGGGGAUCCGUUUCGAGGCUGUCGUCGGCCACUCUUCUGGAGAGAUUGGUGCGGCAUAUGCAUCCGGGUUUAUCUCUGCCACGGAUGCCAUUCGUGUUGCUUACUAUCGCGGCUAUUGGAUGAUGCGUCCAAGCGGUGGAAACGAACAGGGCGCCAUGCUGGCCGUGGGAACAUCUUACGAAGAUGCCUCGUCCCUCUGCGAUUCUGAAGAUUUAGAGGGGAGAAUCACAGUAGCUGCAGUGAACUCUCCAUCCAGUGUGACGUUAUCAGGUGACGAGAGUGCAAUUUUGAUUGCCAAGGAUGUUUUCGAGGAGGAGAGAAAGUUCUGUCGGCUUCUUCGCGUGGAUAAGGCAUAUCAUUCUCAUCAUAUGCUUCCUUAUGCGAAGGAAUACGAGGAGUCAUUGACGGCUUGUGGCAUCAAGUGUCUCACCCCGACCGAAGGUGAAGGAAUUGUUCGAUGGUAUUCUAGUGUCACUGCCGGCACGCUAAUGUCACCUUCGGAAGAUGUCAAUGCCUCUUACUGGGUACGGAACAUGACAAGCACCGUUAUGUUCGAGGGUGCGCUCAAGGCAGCGCUCGCCGCUCAUCCUUCUCUCGACAUUGCCGUUGAGGUUGGACCACAUCCUGCGUUGAAGGGCCCAGCAACGGAUGUGAUGCAGAGCAUCGGACCUGGAGGUGCUGGUACCGUUGACUCUUUGCCUUACUUCGGUACCCUUCAACGUGGCGAAAACGACAUGAGUGCCUUUGCUCAACUGCUGGGAGAACUGUGGACUUUACGUGGUCCAGAUCCGCUCCAUCUUAAGGCCUACCAGGACUCCUUCGGCGAAGGCCAUGCCCGGCUUCUGUCGGACCUUCCGACAUAUGCAUGGGACCAUGAUAGACCACUCUGGUGGGAGGCUCGGUCGACAAGAAACUACCUACGGCAGGAGGAUACGUUCCAUGAUCUUCUGGGCAGUAAGACUCCGGAUAGUUCGGCAGAAGAGUGGAAAUGGAUAAACUGGCUCAAGUCAGACGAGAUUUCCUGGCUCGCUGGCCACUCGCUUCAAGGACAACUGGUCUUCCCAGGAGCGGGCUACCUCGUCAUGGCAGUGGAGGCAUGCAUGAGACUGGCCGGUUCAUACUCUGUGCAACUACUCGAAUUUAACGACGUCGAUAUUCGCAAGGCUUUAGCUAUCCCUAACUCGGGCACGGAAACUGUUGUAGCUCUAUCGGGUAUACAAUGGGAUUUACAACAGCACGAAAACUCCGCAGAUGGCACGAAAGGUAAAAUCACGGCGCGGUUCACUUGCUCUACGCCCCCACGCAAGGAUGCCAAUGAGCUUCUUGUCAACUGUUGUUGUGAGGUGCUCAUUGUUCUUGGGCAACACAAUCCGGACAUACUAGCUCCUAGAAUCCACACCCCAGUCGCAUUAGCCGACGUUGAGGUCGAAGACUUCUACGCGGCCAUGACCCGGCUGGGUUACUACUACGAGGGCCCCUUCAAGGCUAUCAGUAGCCUCCAGCGCAAGUUAGACGUAUCGAGCGGCACUGUCAGCAAACCCAUCCGCGAGCCUGAGAGCACCGAAACGCCAUUAUUCAUCCAUCCCGGCAUGCUGGAUAGUGUCCUUCAAGCCCUGUUUGCCGCUUACUCGGCACCUGGUGACAAUCGUCUCUGGUCAAUGCAUGCACCACGCACUAUUGAGCGGAUCCGUAUGGUUCCUGGCCUUUGCAGCGACGAUAAUACACCAGAGGAGCUUGCCUUCGACACGAUCUUGACAGAUGCAACGCAACGCAACCGUAUGGUAGGCGAUGUUGAUCUGUACACGCCAAGGUUCGGCCAAAAAAUACUCGAGAUUGAAGGUCUGGCGUUUGUGCCUCUAGCCAAGUUCGCGGGAGCCAACGACCGCCAUGUCUUCGCCCAGUACGCAUGGGUUGCAGAUAGCCCGAGUGGCGAGCGCGCUCUCGCAGAGACGACAGGAUUUGAAGUCAUUCCCGAAGGAUUGGAAAAGGCCAAGGCCCUUGAGAGAAUCUCAUUCUUCUACUUGCGUACCAUCCGAGAUGUACUCCAUGAAGAAAGCUCCAGCAAGAACAGGAGCGUUCCACUACCGGCACAUCGGUUUGCACUCAUGCGCUGGGCAGAUCAUGUCUAUGAUCUUGUCAAGAGUGGAGAUCAUCCUUACAUCCCAGCAGAUUGGAUGAAUGACAACCUAGCAACUAUUCAAAGUAUAAGCGCUCCGAUCGCCGACGACGCGGAUGUGAAGCUUGGUAUUGCCGUUGGUCAGAACCUUCCUGACGUGAUCCGCAAGGACGAGAAUAUCAUGUCGUAUAUGAUGGCAAAUGACGUCCUUGAUAAAUACUACGAACAAGGUCUUGGUCUUGCAGACCUCAACAAAUGGAGCUCCAACUUGGCGCAUCAGAUCUCCCAGCGGUACCCGCAGAUGUCCAUCAUCGAGAUUGGUGCUGGCACUGGCGGAACAACGAAGGGCAUCGUUUCAACCCUAGACCAGUCAUUCGCGUCGUAUACGUUCACCGACAUUUCACCAAGUUUCUUUGAGAAAGCCCGCGAGAACUUGGCCGCAUGGGAAGAACGCCUUGAGUAUAAACCUCUUGAUGUCACGAAGGAGCCAUCAGCACAGGGUUUUCCCAGUGAGGCCUACGAUCUAGCCGUUGCGGGUAACGUUUUGCAUGCAACACCAGAUCUAGGAGAGACGCUUCAAAAUACUCGCAAACUACUCAAGCCGGGUGGCUACCUUAUGGCGACGGAGUGUGUCGACAACACAGCUAUUCGAGCAGGCUUUGUACAGGGUGGCCUGGAGGGCUGGUGGAUUGGUGCGGAAACUGGUCGUCCUUGGGGUCCGACUGUCUCGCUCGCCGAGUGGGAUGCCCUGCUAAAGGCGAAUGGUUUUGCCGGUGUCGAAACUGCCACGCCCGUACUCAACGGUCUAUACAAUCAGGCUUCUGUCUGGUUGGCUAGGGCCGUCGACGAUGACUUCCGACUUUUGCGUGAACCAUUAGCAGUUUCUGACUCACCACAAUACGUUAUCUCAGACCUGGUGCUCUUGGGCACUGAAGCAGGUCAUCACGCAGGAGCACUCGCAAAAGGCAUCCGUCAACUCGUCUCACCCACCGAUGCCAAGCGGCUCAGAAUCGCCGUGGAGAGGAUACAUGAAGUUGCUUCACUCGAGAGUCUCGUGGCAGAAGAUGGGAAGGAAUGUUACAAACUUCCCGAAAACUGUACUGUUCUCUCUCUCGUCGAGCUUGACGCACCCAUUUUCAGGGGUAUGACCAGUCAUAGAUGGGAGGCCUUGAAAAAGGCACUCAUUCCAAGCUCCAGCAUCUUGUGGCUUACCGCCGGUGCACGGAACGGUAUUGAGCCCUUCGCAGCGAUGACGGCUGGUGUCAUUCGUACGCUCGUCAAUGAGAUGGGCUUGACUGCCUUCCAGAUGUUUGAUGUCGAUAGAGCGGCUGACUUGCCCGUCGAUUUGGUUACCAAUAGCAUUCUGUCUUUGGCUGUGCAGCACGAAUGGAAGUCGAAGGGAGCUCCAAAGAACAUGACCUGGACUCUGGAGCCCGAGUAUGCGCUUGAGGAUGGAGUCAUGAAAGUUUUGAGAGUGGUUCCAGAUCCCGAGAAAAACGAUAGAUACAACUCGCUUCAUCGUCGCAUCACCAAGCCCAUCAGUCUCCUUCGUGGAAACACUACUGAGACGGAAGCACCAGUGGUAAAAAUCCUCUACAACGAAGCUGAGAAAUGUUGGAACUUGAGGGAAAAGCCACGCGCAACUCUGCAGACGGACCUGGACAUUUAUGCCAAUGCAGGUGUCCAAGCAGAGGAUUUGAUGAUACUAGACAUCAACUAUAGUCUCCUAUCACCCGUACAUACCCCAGCUGGCUGGCUCAAUCUCGCCAUCGGUAACGACAUUGCGGGCGACGGUAGCCAAUACGUCUGCAUUGCACCCAAGCAUGCCUCCACCGCCAUAGUGCCCAAGGCCUACGCAAUUCCUACAGAUGGUGACAGCAUCGUUCAGCCCUUCAUGUCUUACAUGGCUGGCUUCAUAUUCUGCCACCGGUUGUUCGAAGUGAUCCCUCCCAGAGGAACCGUUCUUCUCCACAGUCCUGAUGCUGUCUUUGCUGGCAUUUUUGCAAAGCUUGCAGCUGACAGACACAUCACCGUCCGCUUCACGUCAUCGGAUCCCGCUAAGACGAGCAAGCGUAACUGGACAUACCUGCACCCUCGAUCGCCUGGCCGGGCUAUAUUGGCUGCUCUUCCCAGGAAUUUGGACGUCUUCGUCGACAUGGCAGGCUACGGCACUCUAGUAAGCGACGUCGACACCAAGGAAGAGGGUCCGGAGCGUGUCUUGUCAAACGCGCUGCGCGAAAACCUCCCAUCUCAAUGCGCACGUUACGACAUGUCAUUGCUCUUAGCAGCACAAGCAGAGCCACUGCACAAGUUCGCAGCUACAGUGGCCUCUGGCCAACAAGCAGACAUCAUAGGCCGUCUUCUCCGGGACGGCAACAAGCUCGCGACAGACUUGCUAUAUGACAUCCCGGAUGGCAUGCCUUUGCCUAUGGUGUUCCUCAACGAGGUCUCGACGGAGCAGGAGACGUUCACGCAAAAGAAGGACCUCCGAAUCAUCAACUGGGGAGACAACGCCGGGGCUUCUACGAGGGUGGAAGUUGAGGUGGAACCUGUCGACCGCAGGCCUGGGUUGUUCCGAAGUGACCAGACGUAUUGGCUGGUCGGCCUCGCCGGUGACAUGGGGCGGUCGUUGUGCGACUGGAUGAUUGAGCGUGGUGCACGAUACAUUGUCUUGUCCAGCAGAAGCCCGCAACUGCCAGCUGACUGGCUGGACGCACACCACGCCAAGGAGGGCGUUCACAUAGCCGGAGUAGCGAUGGAUGUCAUCUCGUUCUCGAGCACAGAGCGCGCAAAGAACGAAAUCCUCAACACCCUCAAAUUCCCCAAGAUUGCAGGCGUAGCCAACGGUGCGAUGAUCCUUAGAGACAAGCCCAUGCUCGAAACAGAGUUCGAGUUGCUGCAACAAGUACUACGGCCCAAGGUAGACGGCACGCUGCACCUCGACAAGCUCUUUGGCGAAAAGGAUGACCUCGACUGGUUCAUCGUUCUGACCUCAUUCGCGUCAAUCAUUGGUAACAUGGGCCAGAUGGCUUACUCUGCCGCCAACAACUUCCAGACAGCCCUGGUACGCAACCGCCGCGCACGCGGGUUACCAGGAAGCGCCAUCGACAUCAACAUGGUCGUCGGUCUGGGCUAUGUCCAGCGCGAGCGUCGCACCGGUAAACUCGACAGGCACGCAGCUGACCGUCUACUUCACCGCUCGCAGCUACUACCCGUAUCCGAGCCAGACCUCCACCAGAUGUUUGCCGAGGCUGUUCUGGACUGUCGUACGGAGGCGAAGGGAGGAGACCCGGAGAUCAUCACGGGUCUGCAGCACUUGACUACGGAAAAAGCAGCGGAUACGUUCUGGGGCAUGAAUCCGAAGUUCUCCCACUGGAUCCGCGAUAGUCACGGAGGAAACGCCCAGGGUCCCGGCUCCGGUCAUCAGGAGAUGAGGGUUCCUCUGAAAACGCGUCUGGCUGAAGCUUCUGGGCCGGAGCAAGCGCUCAAGAUUGUCAAAGAUGCCAUGUUGGCUAAGCUUGGACUUGCCCUCUCCAGCGAGAAGCUCGACCCCAGCAUGCCGUUGGUAGAUCUCGGUGUCGACUCUCUCGUGGCGGUGUUGCUGAGGAACUGGUCCAUGCAAGAAACGGGAGUGGACGUGCCUGUGCUCAAGACCUUGGGCGGAGACUCGACGCUGGACAUUGCGCAUUUCAUCGUGGAGAAGUUUGAUUUUGGCGACGACGACGUUAUUACUGAUGAUUCUGCAUCGUCGUCGGACAAGGGGGGUUCUGACAGCGAUUUUGGGGUGUCUUCCGUUACGACGACACCGUUAUCGGAGUCAAAGAAUGUUUUUGAUACGCAAGUAUGA